UUUUACAAUCGUUCGUGGAGAUCAGUCGCAUCAGAAAUGUCGCUUAAAGCUUUCUUUGUGAUUUUUGCCCUCGCAAUAUCUGUGAAUAGUGCUUCUAAACUUGAUGUUGCUUCCAAAUUUAAGGAUUUCGAAGUGGUUCCUGAUGUACUCGACACUGCACCAGAAAACCCAAUUGAGAUCAAAUACCCGAGUGGGGUGGAGGUAAACUAUGGAAAUGAGUUGACGCCCACCGAUGUGAAAGACAUCCCAUAUGUGACGUGGAGUGCGAAUUCCGAAGAUUACUACACUCUCAUCCUCACCGAUCCUGAUGCCCCAAGUCGAGCGGAGCCCAGAUUCCGGGAGUUCAAGCACUGGGUUGUUGUCAACAUUCCCGGGAAGAGUGUCUCCGAAGGUGAGACAAUUGCUGAGUACAUUGGAUCGGGUCCGCCCAAGGGAACCGGUCUUCAUCGUUACGUCUUCCUCGUUUACAAACAGCCGUCCGGAAAAGUUGAUUUCUCUGCCGAAGAGAAGACCUCCAACAGAAGCCGAGCUGGCCGCCCAUCGUUUUCCGCCAAGAAAUUCGCUGCCAAGUACUCUCUUCAACUCCUCGCAGGCAAUUUCUACCAAGCUCAGUAUGAUGAUUACGUUCCCAUCCUGCACGCUCAACUAUCGGAAUAAAUGCCAUUUGACAGGCCUUAUAUUGAUUGAUGAGGUGUUUCUAUAACAUGUAAUUGAAGCGUCGGAAAAGUCUGCAAGAAAGCACAUGUGAAAAGAAGUAUCUUUGUUAUUCAUUU